AGUGGUACGACGUUCUCGUGUGUUAAAAAUAUUAUAAGGUUUGUUCGUGUACCUCAAAUCCAUCAAAAAAAGUGAAAUUACAGUUUAACCAAUAAUUGGGAACAGUUGAAUGCGCCUUCGUGUUACGAAAGGCUUAUCGUUUAAUCCAAACAAACAUUGAUUACUUAUUGGUUUGCAGUGAUUUUCCCGUUUUUCGUGCAAAAUUGUAAUAUUUUCUUCAAAGACAAAAACAAAGAGAAAUACGCAAUUUUCUUGUUUUGUUUAAUUUUGUGUGUGAAAUUUUGACCAAUAAGGUGAAAACGAAAUAGUAAUUAACCACCAACAACAAUGAUCGGUCUGCAAGAGUUCGAGGGAACAUCAAUCGAACCACCAGAAAAGCCAUUAAAAAAAUGGAAAACGAAAUUCGAAGGGAACAUUUUGACGGCACAAGACUUCAUACAGUAUUUUCAAACCGCUGCUCCAUUUUUCUUUAAUGAAAACACAAAAAUGCAGAAAACCGUCACCAUCGAUCAAGCAGCUGAUUUUUCGGAUUUGGGUCGUUGUAGUUUUGACGAACAAGCAGCUAAAUGUGCAAUUAUUGAUGCAGUUGAAGAGUUCAUCUGUGGUGAUAAUCCCCAGACCGUACUGGAGAAACUGCGACUGGAAGGGAAUGUAUCCUCUGUGUGCGGACAAAUUUUCAAACUCGGCGAGCCCACUUACAGUUGUCGAGAAUGCGGCAUGGACCAGACGUGCGUUCUAUGCGUCAAUUGUUUUAAACAAUCAGCCCAUCGAAAUCACAAAUACAAAAUGGGCACGUCAAGUGGUGGCGGCUGUUGCGAUUGCGGUGAUGUUGAAGCCUGGAAACGUGAUCCUUAUUGUGAUGAGCAUAAUAUUAAGGAAGAGAAGAUUGAAAGUAGCAUAAUAACGGAACGUAUGCGUGAACGAUGUCUGAUUGUAUUCGAUGCGAUAAUGAAUUAUUGUGUGCGUUCGUUGGAAAUCGAAACCGACGGAAGUAUGCGCGGUUGUGAAGGCUUCAACGAAGAAGAUUUCUAUUGUACCGUUCUGUACAAUGACGAGACACAUACGUUCGAGCAGGUCAUACAAACCCUAACACGAAUCGUCGGUUGCAAUCAAAAGGAAGCCGUCGAGUACGUGUGCAGCAUUGAUCGCGAGGGUCGAGCCGUGGUGAAAUGCGCUACAUUUCAAGCGUGUUUGAAAUUGAAGCAAGACAUUGAGAAGCAGACGAUGCGCACUCAAAUGAUAACCAAAACAACGGCAUUAAAGGUAGCUGUACUGCAUAAGAAGGCUGUCGCAUAUCAACAAUUUGCAUUGCAAUUACUGUCCUGGUUUCAAGACUUUCUGUCCCGGCAUGCCGUUUUUCGGAAACUAUUUUGUGAAGUGGCUACCCAACAGACCAGCUACAAUUUGAAUCACAUUCUGCUGAACGAUUUUAAAUUGUGGAAAACGGCCCGUGCCAGUUGGCAUCGACUUCUAAUAUCCGGCAUGCUCAUGGAGUACGAAAAUAAGAAGACGCUGGCAAUACUGUUCACCAAACUCUAUCCGUCGUUGAUGCAAGAGUUCAUCCGUGACGAUCACGAACACUCGUUCAGUGUGGUCUCGCUGAGCGUACAAAUAUUCACCGUACCGACGAUUGCGCAGCAUUUGAUUGCACACGAAAGUGCAUUCUUCAAACUGAUGCACACAUUCUACUCCGAGUCGAUCGAGAAGUAUGUGAAGAAGAAGAUACUCCAGUUUGCCAAAAACACAGCCAACAUGAACGUAUUCAAACGAGCCGCGUACACCCUGUUCGAUUUGAAAUAUUUGCUGAGUUUCAAGCCGGACGUAUGGACGGAUGACUUGCGAAAGAACUUCCUUCACGGCUUUCAAAUUUUACUGAAACUCUUAAAGGAGAUGCAAGGUAUGGACAGCGUACAUCGCCAAACCGGCCAGCAUAUGGAAUACGAACCGGAAUGGGAAUCGGCCUUCAAUUUACACAUCAAAUUGGCACAUGUGAUAACACUGAUACUCGACUGGUGCAGCACGGACAAAGUGGUAUUGGUGAAAGUAUAUCGCAUGGUCCUGGCAAGUCUAAGCGAAAGUGAAUUCAUUGUGUCGCAAGCAACCAAAGAAGUGAAAGAGCUAGCCGAUCACAGUGCUACCUGUCUGAUGUAUGAUGUGUCGGCCAAGCAUGUGUCCAUUCAUUUGCCGUUGUCACGCUUCUUUGCCGGAUUGUAUUUGCAUUUAGAGAAGUUCGGCUUGAACUAUGAACUGGGCAUGGGCCAAGCUUCGCCGAGAACGACACCCGAUCUAAUCAUCGAACCGGUACUGUGCACGCAAACCAUGAUCGCUCAAGUGCACAGUGGCUUGUGGAGACGUAACGGAUACUCCCUGUUGAAUCAACUGUAUUUCUAUCGCAAUGUUCGUUGUCGGGCCGAGAUGCUCGAUCGAGACAUUGUUCUGUUACAAAUCGGAGCAUCGCUCAUCGAAAGUAACGAGUUUCUGAUCCAUGUUAUCAAUAAAUUCAAUUUGAUCAGUUGGGCGGCCGUAGACUUUGAAGUUGCCAGUUUGAUAAACCCCGAAGAGGAUAGUAUACGACAAAUCAUCAACAUGGUCGACGAAAUGCUGGAAACACUGAUCGUAAUCAUCGGUGAACGUUAUGUGCCUGGAAUUGGCGUCGUUACCGAGGUGGACAAAUUGAAGAAGGAAAUCAUUCAGCAGCUGUGCAUCAAACCUUUUUCGCAUUCGGAACUGAGUAAAACGUUGCCGGAAUCGCAGAAUGAGAAUGGAAUGGAAAGUGUUAUCGAUGCGGUGGCUGUGUUCAAGAAGCCAACCCAGUCCGACAAAAAAGGUGUGUACGAAUUGAAGCCCGAGUUCUUCGAGGACUACAACAUGUACUACUAUCACUAUACGAAAGAAGAGAAAUCGAAAUCGGAAGAAGCGCAACGUAAACGGCGCAAAGACAAAAAUGAUUUAGUUUGCUGUCCACCGCCGAUGUUACCACAAUUGACCCAGUCAUUUAGUUUAUUGGCCAAUUUACUGCAAUGUGAUGUAAUGCUGUUGAUAAUGCAAACGGUUUUGAAACGUGCACUCGACUUGAAAGCCAGAAGUUUCUCGGAUAGCCAUCUGCAAAAGGUGCUACAUUUGAUUGGAUAUGCUGUCCAAGAACAGAAGACCGGAUUUUAUCCAUUCUUUACGUUUUACGAUCGUGCAUCGAAAUGGAACAUUCUUCAGUUAAUGGAGGAACUGGUAUCCAGUGUUCGAGUCGAAGCACACCGCGACCUGUUGAUAUGGGCAGUGAAAGCAUACAAAGAUCUGCAACCACGAGCGUCUACCGCCGACGAAAUGGAAAGUGAAGAAAUCGUUGAACCGUCUAUGAGUGCCGCUGAAGUUGAGAAGGCCGAAAAAGAGGAACGGGCUCGGCUGGCAGCAGAAUGUCGUGCAAAAAUCAUGGCCCAAAUGGCCAGCGCUCAACGGAACUUCAUGUCAACGAACGCUGAACUGUUCGAAACAGCAGCUACGACCGCCGCAAAUCGACAGUGUAGCAUGGAAUGGUUAACGGAACCGUCUACGUACGACUUAAACAAUGCCUGUCUGGGGACCAAACAGAAACAGCAAGUAAUCGAGGAUCAACGUUUCACGUGCAUUUUGUGCUCGGAGGAGUCGACUGUGACCAAAGAUGGUCCGUGCAUGGUGUAUUCGGCAUUCAUUCAACAGUCGAAUGUAUUGCAUCACGACAAAUCCAGUAAUCCAUCACCACACAGUGGCUCAUGCGGACACGUAAUGCAUGCCAGCUGCUGGAAGGACUACUUUGACAAUGAAGUAUUGAAAGAGAAUCGACGACCGAAUAGAAAUCGCUCGCCCGGUAGUUUCAUUAUCGACAAAAAGGAAUUCUUAUGCCCGUUGUGCAGAUGUCUUAGCAAUGCUGUUCUACCAAUCACUCCAGCGUUGUGUCGCUUCAAUAAUCCGCCGAUCGAAGACCCCGAAGAUUACACGAGUUUCGAGGAAUGGAUAGCGUUCAUGAAGAGUUACAACACAGUCCUUCACAGCGUUGACGACAAUAUGCUGCAAAACAGCUUGGAUCACAUCGAACACAUGCCCAGCGUGACUCCAAUCAUCGAAGCGUCGACAACAACCGUAGAAAAGUUUUCCAGAAUUUGUAAGCCGUUGCAACGAGCGCUAAUAUCGGCUGAUUUGAAAAAUCUGUUGGAAGAGUUCAUUAAUUCGGUCCGUCGUGUGGCUCCAUAUCCAUACGCAUCGGUUGCAUGCGAGCCAUAUAUUGCCACAUGGCUGUCCUGUCUCUACACAAUCGAAACGUUGGAAAUGUAUUUGCGCGCUAUAAACAAGCCACUCAAGGGCCAAAUGUCCAUCAGACACGUCAGCUGCUUAUCAGGUUUGAUACGUGUCUGCGGUUUACUUCCGACAUGCAUCAGCGAUCAAAAUGCAGCCACACUGAUCAGCCAAUUGCGCAGCAUACUCGAUUCGAUAUUCGAUAAUCAAUCAUCGUCGGUGACCGAAUGGAACAUUUUCAAAAUGUUGGUGUCGCUGCUGUUCAUUACACCGUCAGUCAUUUACGCCAAAACACAGGAAUGCAGUGUGCCCAGUGGCAGUAUGUUCGACUUCUACUACCUGAAAUUGAUGUUCCUGGCCAAUUUAACAAAAAUAUUUUUGCUUAUGAAACUGGACCCGAGUGUGUUUGAGAUGGGUGGCGAAACAUCCAAUGAAUUUAUGGACGUGGACAAUGAUGCGUACGAUGGCGAUGAACUGAUUGAAUCUCCAUUAAUCGAUUUUUAUGUCAAAUUCAAUUGCUUCCAACGGGAAAAUGGUUCGACAACCGUCCAAGCGACAAGGAAACUGCAUGACGCAAUAUUAGAGAAUAUAAAGGCGGAGAGUUCCACAUUUUUGCGGUGCUCUUGUCUGCUGUUCCAUUUUAUGACUGAUGUGGAAUUGCCAGAUCAAUUAGCUAACGUCUAUGGUGAUACAUUUGAAGUGAUGUGCGAAUAUCUCGGACUUCACACCGACAUUGAAUCGUAUUUAUCGAAUAAGGAAUCGUACUCAUUUAUGUCUAGCCUAGCCAACCACAAGGAUAUCGAUAAUGUGGCAAAGAGCUUACGCGGCAACGGCGACUCCGUCGUUUAUCCAUGUGUACCUAACGUGAAACGUUUCAUCGAUCUACCAGAGGAGUACAGUGACCUAAUCAACAGCGUAUCGUCGUUUACCUGUCCCAACAACGAUCGCGACGACAAGCGUAAUCCAUCGAUGUGCUUAGUUUGCGGUGAUAUUUUAUGCUCGAUGACAUAUUGUUGCCAGAAGGAAAUGAUCAACAAUCAGACGGUUGGUGCGUGUACGUAUCAUGCACAUGAAUGUGGCGCUGGUGUCGGCAUAUUUUUACGGAUUCGAGACUGUGAAAUCGUUUUGCUCGGCCUGAGCAAGGGCAGCCUAAUGUCGGCGCCGUAUUUGGACGAAUACGGUGAAACGGAUCAGGGAUUGCGACGCGGCAAUCCGUUACAUUUGUGUAAGGAGCGUUUAAAUAAAUUACAUUUGAUGUGGCUAGGUCAUAGUCUGCAUGAAGAGAUUGCCCGUACGACGGAAAUAACGAAUAGUCUUAUUGCAACGCAAUGGCAUAACAUGUACCACCCACUCCACCCCCAUCAUUAUUUGUUUUCUUUUUUGGGUUUAAAACUUCAACAAUCAAAUUCAAACAAAAAUUAGCUGCUAAUUUUCGUACGUUUUAUUUCUUUCUUUCUUCGUGUUUCGAGUGUGCGUAAGAUGAUGAUUAGAGCUUAAUUUUUUACUCAAAACAUUUCUUCAACAACAACCAACAACAACAAAAAGUGAAACUAUAGAAAUCUUAAAAAAUUAAUUUUCUUGUUGUAUAAAAUUCGACGAAAAAUCUUAACCAGUCGCACUACAUUGUAGAUUAAUAUUUACUAUAAAUAACUACUUAUGCUCUGAAUGAUUAUUAUAUCGAUCCCAGGAGAAUUUAUUUAUAUUUAAGAAUUGUUUUUCUUUGAAUUUUGUAGUUAUUCAAAAAAUAAUAUAUUGAAAAUUGAGAGAUUAAAUGAAAAUAAAAA